AUGUGCUCCUUGACAGGAUACAAGCUCCCCAGUGGCAUCUUCGGCACUGCGCUCACCGACUCUGAUUGGGAUUCCGCCAACGCUUGCGGUACCUGCGUUAGCGUCACUGGUCCUUCUGGCGACAAGAUUACUGCCAUGGUUGUCGAUCAAUGCCCUGGAUGCGGUCCUCACCACCUCGACCUCUUCCCCGACGCUUUCAAGAAGCUCGCUGAUCCCUCCAAGGGAAUAAUCGACGUCUCUUGGGAGGUUGUUCCUUGCGGCAUCACCACCCCCAUUAUCCUCAAGAACAAGUCGGGUACCAGCGCUAACUGGUUCUCCAUGCAAGUCAUGAACUCCAACGUCGAGGUCACCUCUCUCGAUGUCUCGACCGAUGGUGGCAAGACCUGGAAGGGCACCAAGAGGCAGCCUUACAACUUCUUCGAGAACUCGGCUGGCUUCGGUACUGACUCCGUCGACGUCAAGAUUACCAGCUCCGGCGGCCAAUCUAUCAUCGUCCAAGGUGUCAGCGUUGCCUCUGGCACCACCAAGACUGGCACCAGCAACUUUGCUUAA